AUGUCUCAACUUAAUCGGAAAUCAAAUCGUAGCGAUCGCUUCUCUCGUCGUCCAUCGUCAUUACGUACUGGUAUCACAAUUAUUCUGUAUAACGGAUCUAAUUUAGAAUCAAACGAAGGUGAAAAGAUAAAUAAUUGCAUACGUGCUCUUGAUAAUUGUUAUAUUUUCCACUGCACGAACAACUCGAAAUGCAUUAAAUAUCUGAAACGGGCACAGCGACAUGAAUACAUAGUUAUCGUUUUCAAUGUCAACAGUGGUUUGAUAAGUCCUACUCAAAUCGCUGAACUAUGUCAAUAUAAACAAAUACAACAUAUUUUCAUUAUAUCCCUAAUGAGUGAGCAAAAUGCAAGCACUGACACUGAUCUUUCAGUCUAUACACGAAAUGAAGUCAAUCUAAUUGUCGGAGUAUUUCGUGAUUGUGACUCGUUAGAAAUUCGAUUGCAACAGCUGAUUAGCGAAGUGAACGAAUCUGAUGAUGAUUUAUUUACGUUUGUUAAUCAAUCUGAAAAGGCAUUGAGAAAUCUUCGAGACGAACUCGGUCCGUACAUAUGGAGUCAAACAUACAGAGUUAUUCUGGGUGCUAUGCCAUAUAAUUCACUGGAUGCAAAACGAGAUAUGUUGAUUGAAUGCCGAGCUUGCUGUUAUUUCAGUAAACAUGAUUUGAAAACGAUUGAUGAAUUUAGACGUACAUAUACUGCAACAAAUGCCAUUUAUUGGUAUACAAAAUCAUGCUUUCUGUAUCGUAUAAUUAACCGAGCUCUGCGUACAGAAGAUAAUAUGGUGUUAUACAAAUUUCGCUUCUUCAUUAUUGACUUAUGCGCACGUCUGGAAGAAAAGGCUCUGGCAAAAGUCGACUGUACACAGCCAUUUUCUGUCUAUCGAGGAUCAAAACUCCGACGAGAUGAAGUCGAGAAACUGGAAGUUGGAUCAUUAGUGGCAACGAACAGUUUUUUCUCGUCAUCAAAACAUUUAUCAACUGCGCAGAAUUUUAUUGGUAUAAGUUCGAACGUGGACACAUCGCCGAGUCGUGGUCGUCAUGACCGAUAUCAAUAUGUUUUAUUUAAAAUCGAUAUUGAUUUGCACAACUCGCCAGAUGUUGUGGUUGCUGAUGUGUCCAGUGAAAGUGCUGUGCCGGACGAGAAUGAGAUGCUUUUCAAUUUGGGUACUACUUUUGUUAUUGCUGAUAUUCGUUACGAUGACAUGCAGCGAGUUUGGAGUAUUCGAAUGACGUCCUCUUCUGAAGCGGCUAAACUUAUGCAAGAGUAUAGACAACAUGUUCAAAGUCGUUUCGUCGAAACCAAGCCAGCGAUCCUGUUUGGACAUUUUACAUCUGAAAUAUCGAGCAACUAUCAUGGAGCGUUGAACUAUUUCCAUCGCCUAUUGCGUUCGACGUCAUGGAAUGAUGAAGAUCGACCAGACAUCUAUUACUGUCUCGGUCGCGUUUAUCGUGCAAUGGGGAAACAUGAACAGGCUAUAACAUAUCUUCGCGCUGCUCUUCUAUUACAACGUCGUCUAUUACCAGAUGCAGGUAGGGUUUAUGGUCGCAUGUUAUCUUGUUUAGGAAGUGUCUUCUGUGAAUCUGGAGAUUCCCUACGAGGAAAACGGUUAUAUGAACAAGCAAUGCUUAUCUACCAAGGUAUUCUACCCAAAAAUCACUAUGAAUUUGGCUUUCAUUUGAACAGACUUGCAAAUGUAUAUUGGCAGCUUGGACAGUAUGAACUUACAUCGAAUUUACUGAAGAGUACUUUACUAUUUGUUGAAAAUACAAUGCCAGAAAAGUCAUCAGCUCAUGCACAGACAUUGCAUAUUAUGGGACUUGCGCAACGUUCGUUGAACAAUCGAAAAGACGCGAUUCAUUAUUUCCAAGAAUCGAUAAAAGUGCGCGAGUCUUCGCAAGCUAAUGAUCAUCCAUAUGUCGCUCGAACAUGUUACGAAUUGAGUGAAUUGUACGCUGAAGAAAAUAACUAUUCAAUGGCUCUCGAAUACGCGCACAAAUCGCUACGUAUUCGAGAGUUAAAAUUGCCACAAAAUCACCCACAGCGGCAACAGUCCAUCGAUCUUGUUGAACGUUUGAACCAUUUGUAUCACGAAGCUGAAUGUUUGUGA